UCGUAUAUGUGGCAUCCCCAAUACAUUUGUCAUCUUUCCAAGUCCGCGCGAACAAAAAACACAGCGAAAAAGUGCAGCUUAAAGCCGAGUUGUACAAAAAAUUUAAAAGUAUUAACCAAACAGGAUAGCAGCUGUCUGCGCCACACCACACAUCUCCGCAUCACACAGAGAGAGAUCCACUCCAGCAACAACGAUGUCAUCACGCAAAACCGCCGGUCGCCGUGCCACCACCAAGAAGCGCGCCCAGCGCGCCACCUCCAAUGUCUUCGCGAUGUUCGAUCAGGCCCAGAUCGCCGAAUUCAAGGAGGCCUUCAACAUGAUCGACCAGAAUCGCGAUGGUUUCGUCGAGAAGGAGGAUCUGCACGAUAUGCUCGCCUCGCUGGGCAAGAACCCCACCGAUGACUACUUGGAUGGCAUGAUGAACGAGGCACCCGGUCCAAUCAACUUCACCAUGUUCCUCACGCUGUUCGGUGAACGGCUGCAGGGCACCGAUCCCGAGGAUGUGAUCAAGAAUGCCUUUGGCUGCUUCGACGAGGAGAAUAUGGGUGUUCUGCCCGAGGAUCGUCUGCGUGAGCUGCUCACCACAAUGGGCGAUCGUUUCACAGACGAAGAUGUGGAUGAGAUGUAUCGGGAGGCGCCGAUCAAGAAUGGGUUGUUCGACUAUCUCGAGUUCACGCGCAUUCUCAAGCACGGUGCCAAGGACAAGGAUGAGCAGUAAAUCCAGAUGCGCCACCAGCCAAGCGGCGUGCACCCAAGCUGCCUCUCCAAUCCAAUCCACUCCACUCCACUCCUAUCCUGUCCACUCCACUCCACUCCAUUACAGCAUGGAGCCUGUCCAAAACUAUCCAAAAUCCCAUCAAGAGUUUCGUUUUACAUUUUAAAUACUUCAUUAUUUUUUUUUUGUUCUCUAGCUCUUUCUGUUCUACAAUUCCUGUACUUAACUGUGCAUUUAAAUUAAAAAAAAAAAACAACAACAAAAUGAAAAACUAGAGAAAAUCCAGCAAAUGUUAUGUACGAUAUUUUAGUGUGUGCGAAGAUGAAAACGAAGAGCCUGAGAUAACAUCCAACGCCGUUUUCCCCCAAGUUUUCAUAAGUAUUAACUCAUUGAAUAUACAUAAAUAUACAUACAUAUAACCUAUAUACAAAUACAUACGUGUGUACAAGAAUGUGUGGCAAUAAAA